AUAUGUGUGGUCACGUCACCGUCUGAAAAUAAUCACCGUCGUAAGAAAAAUCGGUCUGAAUAGUUCUCUCAUAUUUCUCAUAAAAUUUCGACAAUAAAUUAAAAAAUGGAGAAGACUAAUCUGAGUUCGUCGGGUGUGGGUCUUCCACCCUUACGAAGUCUUGACGACUUCAUUCUGGAAUCUGCUCGCUUCCAAAUUCCGAACUUUAAAGACCUCGACAAGUGGAAUAACAGGGUUGUACAAAAUUUACUUUACUACCAGACCAACUACUUCUUCAUGGCCAUCGUAAUUUUCCUGAUCGUUGGGUUAAUUCAUCCCGGCAAAAUGCUCCUGGGGAUGAUAGCAAUGGCAGUUGUUCUCGCGAUUUUUGCGUACAUGUCGACCGAGGGUAGAGCGAUUCAUAAUUUCAAGAAAAAGAAUCCCUUGGCUGGAUUGAUUGUCAUCGUCUUUGGAACUACCUUUGUUGCGUAUACCCUGGGCUCUCUUCUCGUCUUCUUCAUUGGCAUUCUCUUGCCUUUCUGUGUUACGUUCAUCCACGCUUCUUUGAGAUUGCGGAGCAUCAAGAACAAAGUAGUAAAUAAAAUCGAAGGAAUUGGACUGAGACGCACACCGAUGGGUGUUUUCUUGGAGCAGUUUGACGACGUUAGCGGCAUUAGAUUACGAGCUCAACCGAGUUACACGCUAAAACCACAACAUUAAUCAGCUUGAAGCACACAAAAUCGUCCCUCAAUUCUCCGACAUCCAAAUUAUUUUUAUAUUAAUAUUUCUGCUCUAUGCAGAUUUACGUGAUAGUCCAAUUUAGUUGAGAUACUUCCUGGCUCCAAAUAAUGCUUCAUCGAUUCACAGAUUGUGAUAACCGUAAUACUAAUCCGACCCAAUUUAUUUAAAUUCAUAAGCAAAUAUUUAUCUAGCCUAUCGCAAUAUUCUUUGUGAAUACGUUCAUAUUUUUUCGUUCUCCAAUUACUGUUGAAUUUAUUGUCAGAUUGUAUAUAGUAUGAAUUUAAUGGUUGAUUAAUGUGUCGUACACAUUUUACUGAAUUAUUGUUUCUUCAUUAUGAGAUGUUACUUGUAUAUUAUAAUUACUCAUUAUACCAAAUAAAUUAUAAGUAUUUCUACGAGUUCGGAGAAAUUCAA